AUGAGGCGCAUGAUCCAGCUCCAGGUCCAGGUCCAGUCAUGUCCGCGAGCCCGCACACCCACGAAGCCAUCGACGACCAGUGCCGCGGGUGGCAGCGGGAGCAGCGACAAGGGCGAUACGGACGCUGGCAACGUGCCGGAGGACAAGCGGCCGAGGACGGCCUUCAGUGGACUGCAGUUAGCGAGACUGAAGAACGAGUUCAAUGAGAACCGCUACCUAACGGAAAAGCGUCGCCAACAGCUGAGCGGAGAGCUGGGCCUGAACGAGGCCCAGAUCAAGAUCUGGUUCCAGAACAAGCGGGCCAAGCUGAAAAAAUCGAGCGGCACCAAGAACCCCCUGGCCCUGCAGCUGAUGGCCCAGGGCCUGUACAACCACUCGACCGUGCCUCUGACCCGCGAGGAGGAGGAGCUGCAGGAAUUGCAGGAGGCGGCAGCCGCCUCCGCCUGCAAGGAGCCCUCGUAAGGGGACCCUUCGGUGGCAAUAUCUACGAUUAGUAUUUAUAGAGUAGUCCGUAAGUCUAGUGCCCUAAUUUGUACAAUAUUCUAGUCCCGCAGUGCCGCGCAGAGCGGUGGGGUCGGAGUCGGGGACCCUCUGUUGCGUGCGUGUUUUGUAUAAUAUCAAAUAGAUUCAUAAAUUCACAACUAAAUAAUGUAAUAAACAUUUAAAUUAUACGGA